AUGUCGCAAGACACGCCCAAAGUGCCCGCAGAGCCCGUUCUGCCUCCUCGGAGCCCGAUCGUGCACAACAUCGCUCUUGCCGGAGCCAUAAUCACACCUCUAGCCAUGCUUUUGCCACCAAGAAAGAUGGAUAUACGAUUUUUCGUGCUAGCAGGAACCUUCUCCCUCGCCACCAACCAGCUCGCCUACGAAUACACCGGGCAAUCAAUAUACGGUCGAUUCGGCAAUCGAGUCGGCAACGUCUUCGACAGUAGCCUACCCGAGGGCGCCAGAAGGACGCAACAGCUUCUGAGGGAACAAAAGGAGAAAGAGGCUGCCGAAAAACAAAAGCAACUGCAGAACGAGAAGAACAAAACGGCCGGGUUGGUGAAGGAUAUAUGGAUGGGCGGGGAGUCGGAAGAUUGGCAAGAGAAGCGCGCGGAGGAGCAUAAGAAGAGUAUCGAAGAGGGAAAGGGGCUGAGCGGUAUUAUUUUUGAGCAAAUUUCGGAUGUGUGGAAUGGGAACUAUGGGAAGAAGGAGGCCAAAAAAGACGACGUGGCGGCUAAAGAAGCUGAAAAGAAGUGA